AUGUCAAGUGAAGACGUGAUUGAAUUGGGGUCUUCGGACGAGGAAACGGAACCGGCUCGGAAGAGAAGUAAACCGAUGCCUAAUGCGAUGGUAUGCAUACCCAGGAAAUUUCAUGAUGUUACUAUAACGCCAGCAAAACCCAAUCCUAUUGCCAUAGCCAAAGGAUUAGGGAAGGCAAUUACAGUCAAAAAAGUAGUAAACAGCAAACCUUCCAAUGUAACUAAAUCCAGACCUAAUAAUGGCAUGCCAGUUCAAACAUUAAAGCAGAAGUAUAGUGGUAACCCACUGGCUGAACGAAAAAAAACCGUGAUCAUUCCGAUUAAACCUAAUUUAAAUUUAAUCCCUGUUUUGAGGCCAGGUAAUCCAAUACCUACUCACAUAAAACCACCACCAUUUUUGCAAAACCCUUUAAAAAUUCAACAAUCUGGUCCACUAAAUCUACUGCCAUCCAGCAUCACAGUUAAGAAAACAAUGUCUAAUAGAACAAUAGUCAUGUUAAAUAAUAAGAAAAAACAAGAAACAAAGCAAAGACAUGUAGGGGAAGUUUUAACUGUAGAAUUAGAUGAUGAUGAAGCACCUGCACGCAGAUCAAGCCCACAGUGGUAUGUGAGACCAGAGGAUCAGGUACUAAGUUCAACUGAAGAAGAGAAAAAUAAUAAAGAGCCAGAUACUUCCAAGUUAAUAGAAAUUACUAUAGAGGAUAGCCCUGCUAAACCUAUUAUACAUAAACAAACACAUACAGUUGGGGCUGAGUUAGCUAUCACUAUAGAUGAUAGUCCCGUUAAAGUUAUAGUAGACAAAGAUAGAUCUGCAAGUGAAAGUGACAAUGAAAAUGAUAAUAAUGUCAGCCAAACUCCUCGCAGUAAAAAGCAGCUGGUCUAUCCCAAAGACACUGAAAAUAAUAAAACUGUUGAAAUAGAAAUAGAACCUCAUUCAGUAAGUGUAAAUAAUUGUACUGAUAGCAAGGACCCAAAAGAUGAUUCUUUUGUGAGCCGGGAAGAAGCCAAUAAACAGAAUUUAAAUUAUAUGGCUAAAAGUGAAGGCAUAAAUAAAAGUGCCGAUAAGGAGACUGACUCGUCGUUAUCUAAAGAAAGUAUUAAGGAUGCACAAAAUAGUGAUCUUAGUGAAUUUCAUCCUGUUUAUCAAAGUUUUAUAGAUCUCUGUUUCCAACUGGAAAAUUCAGAUGAUAUGAAGACAAUUGUCGAAAAGAAAAUUAAAGGUUAUUAUAAGCAAGUUCCAAAAGAUUAUACAGAGUCUGAGGAAUUUACUGAUAUGGUAUCAAGUAAAAUACUAGCAAUGAAGGCAGGUCCUGAAAAAAUGUAUUUGUAUAUAAAAGAUGUUGUAGAUGAAUUAAAUUUGCAAAGAAAAUUAGCCAAAGCACAGCCUGUUAAGGAAAUAAAAAAUGAAGAAGCAAUACAAGUGUGUGGAGAAGAAAAUGAAUAUGAUUCAAAACGCCAAAGACAAGUCCGUAAGCUGGAGAAGACUAUAAAGAAAUUGCACAGAGCAAUCCAGAAACUGGAAGAACAAGAGGUUGACUUUGAUGAUGAAGAUGAUUCUGUAUAUUUAUUGACAGAAAGGUACAAAGAACGAAUGGUACGAGUAUAUGCAAAAUUUUGCCAACUGUCUAAUACAAAAAUGCCAUCAGAGCCCCGAAUACAAUUAGACUCUCGGCCUGGUCAACCACCGGGACCUGCUAAACGGCUAGAGAAAUGGAUAAAUAAGAAAGUGCCAAUUGGUACACCUCUGCCAUUUCCUGAUUUUCACGAUGUUCUUCGUUGUGUUAGAGAAGCUAACGAGGAAGAUAGAUUAAACUAUAAUGAAGCUGAUAUAAUGGAAGAAGCUCGUGAUUUGUUCACAAGAUGUGGUAAAAAAUUACAACGUCGCCGCCAAGAAAACGAGUGGAGAUUAGCAGUUUCAAGAAUAGCGCUUGAUAUCGAUCCUGCUGAAAAAAAUGAAGAUUUAAAGCGAAAAUUAAAUGAAAAUCAAAAAGUCGCCGCACAGAAAGAGACUGAAAUUUUCAAUAAGUAUGCAGAUAGACAGAACCAAUUGAAAUUAGUAGGUGAAGAAAUUGGAGACAAAGAAGCGGAAGAAUCUCCUGUUGAAAGUGAAGAAGAAGAAGCGAACGAUGAUAAUGCUUCAUUAGAAAACACGGAAAAGAGAAAAGAGAGACUUAAGAGACUUUUACAGGAGAAAUCUAAGAAGACUGCUGAAGAAAAAAACAGCCAAUCAUCAAAUGAGGAACAAAAAAAUAUUAAUGACGAAACCAUUAGGACUACUGCUGAAGUAGAAAAUAUUUCAAAAGCAGAACCAAAUCUCAAAGAGAUAGAAAAGAAGGACGAAGAAGAUAUUCGGGAAAAUAAAGAAGAUUCUAACCACGAGCCUUCUCAAGCUACAGAAACACUUACACUUAGUGACGAUAGUAAAGAUUUAGAAUCUGAUAUUGAUGAGUUACAUUUGCUACAGAAAUUGCAUUCUGGAAAUGAAGAUCUGUCUUCAAGCAUUGAUUCAUCAGAUUCUGAUAGUCCUAUAGCUAUUUCAGAUUCACUGGAAUCGAGUGACAAUGGUAAAAAGAGCGCGGAUGAUGACGUUAUUAGUAUAGAAAAUUCAAGUUAUUCGGAAAACGAGUCCGAUAAAGUUGAAGAUUCACAAAUGAUGGGUAAUGUUCAGUAUUUAAACGAAGACAGUACGCCAAGCCAAGAGGCUGAAAUAACUUCUAUUGUUGAUGAAAACGCAAUGGAGGUGGACUUAAAUAGUGAUAAAGAUGAGCAAGCAGUUAUCAAAGCACCUUUUCAAACCAAAAAUGCUGAAUGUGACGAGGCAGUCGAAAAUAUUCUACUGGCAUCCUCAGAGGAUAGCAAUAAUUGUGAUAGUCAGGAAGAGAUUACAGGAUCUGUUUGUGUUAAUUUAAGAGAUGAUCUCAUUUCUAUUGACGAAACUGUCGUGGGGAAUGCCACUAAUGAUUCGGUCAUAAAAACAGAGAAAGUGCAUAUUACUGCAGGGUUACUUGUUACAUCGUCCGAGGAAAUCGAAAGAGAAAACAAUACAUUUGAAGAAAACAUUGAUAGUAAUGUAAGGUCCGCAAACAACACUGUAUUAAAUAAAAAAGCAACUGGGCUGAAUAAUAAGUCUCUACCAGAUACUGUUCAAACUGCAGGACAUGUGCUUGCUGAAGUACAAAAAAAUACUGUAGAAAGUAUGAAUGUUGAUGAAGACAGUGUAAUAAAUGAAUCAAACAUUUUACACUCUCCAGAACAGGAUAUUUCAGCAAUAUCAAAUUUGAAAGAAUCAUAG